AUGGCGAUUCGAGAGGACAUCGUCGCCUCGGCGCAACAAACUGACGAACUUGUAGUUCUGCAAGACCCGAGCGUCGCGAGCUCGUCGAUCGAAAACCGUGUGGCUUUCCUGCGGACGAAGAACCUGACCCAAGAAGAGAUCGAUGCUGCUUUGUCGAGAGUAGGCGCCCAGCCUGCGUCGGCUGCUACGCCGGGUUCGAUGGCGGUCGCUCAGCAGCAGCAACAACAACCAUACUAUCAACCCUACCCGCCUCAGUACGCGGCAUGGCAGCCACCGCCGCCGCCCCUAAGAGGGAUUGGAGGGAUUGGUUCAUCAUGGCGACUGUUGUUGGCGGUGUCAGCUACGGCGCAUACACCGAUAUGUGUACCCCCUGAUUGCACCACCGACCCCGAGAGGCUUGAACAAGAUAAGAAAUCAAUCGAAGAGCAGUUUGACAAGGCUUUUGGGCUUGUCGAACAGCUUGCAAAGGACACGGAGGAACUCAAGGCAGCGGAGCAACAACGGACAGAGAAGCUGGACACGGCUCUAACAGACCUGGAAUCGAUUAUGCAGGAGCUGAGGUCAGCUAAUACGCGGCGGGAGAUCGAGACACAACGCGUCAAGGACGACGUACAAAUCCUCAAGGACUCGAUCCCGAAAGCCAUGAACACACAGAAAGACCUCACCGACUCGAGAUUGAAGGAGGUGAACUCUGAGCUCACUAGCCUCAAAACCCUGAUGACCCAACGCAUGAACGCGGCGUCAUCGGCGAGCACAAACGGACUGCGGACUGGCGGAAACCCUACCCCCGCAUCUCCUGGACUGAACCGCUCUGCUGCGACGGGUAGUGACAACCAGGCGGGUAACACCGAGCCGGCUGCCAACUCUGAUACGUCCAAGACGACCGGCACGCCUACCUACAACCGACCCUCGCCUUCCAGUGGCGCUACAGGCGCAAAGGCGUCGAUUCCGGCAUGGCAGAUGGCCAUGGCCAACAAAGACAAGGACUCCGUGGCCUCUUCCACGACACCGAAGGCAACUGGAGCUGACAAUAGUUCGCAACAGCAACCAGCUGAAAAUGCUUAG